CGCAACUCCAUCAGCACCACCACUACCACCAUGCAGCUGCUCACGACGACUGCGCUUUUGGCCAUGAUGGCCAUGACCACAACCUACGCUCGGACCUGCGGGUCGCCCGAGUGGAACACGGACUUUGCCGGCAGCGACAUCUCCAACUUUGGCACCACCGGCGACUUUGGCAACAUGCUCAAGCAGUGCUGCGACGCGUGCACGGCCAGCAACACGUGCGUCGCCUACACGCUCGCCGACAACGUCUGCUACCUCAAGUCGGGUGCAGGCACCCGCAAGCCCAAGACUGGCGCGACGUCCGUGCUCAUGUCGGGCACGUCGGCGCCGGUGAGUACGUGCAGUGCGCCUGAGAUUAACGUCGACUACUACGGCAACGACAUUUCCAAUGUGGCGGUGUCGGGCAACCAAGCCGACCAGCUCCAAGCGUGCUGCAACGCGUGCAGUACGACGCGAUGGUGCACGGCGUUCUCGGUGGCCAACGGCGUGUGCUACCUCAAGGCGUCGGACGCUGGGCGCAAGGCGGCGCCAGGCGUCGUCUCGGCCAAGACGACAUAUGUGACAUCGACGCCUACACCGACGCCGACUCCGGCUGGCAACCGCACCUGCGGCGCUCCGAUCUGGAACACCGACUACUACGGCAACGACAUCUCCAACUUUGUUGCGACUGGCGACUUUGGCAACAUGCUCAAGCAGUGCUGUGACGGCUGCAAGGCGGUUGCUACCUGCAGCGCCUAUACGCUUGCCAACAACGUCUGCUACCUCAAGACCGUCGCGCUCUCGCCCCGGACUGUCAACGGCGCGACGUCCGUGAUCGUGCCGCCGGUGCCGGGCACGAGCGUCCGCUACUGCAGCAACCCCGAAGUCAACUACGACUACUACGGCAACGACAUUGCCAAUUUCAAGGCGACGGGCGACGUGAACACGAUGAUUGGUCAGUGCUGCGAGACGUGCAAGAAGAACAGCCAGUGCAACGCAUACGUCUUGUUCGACGGCGUCUGCUACCUCAAGUCGGCGACCGGCGUUCGCUCGAGCAAGGUCGGCGCAAUCGCCGCGUCCGUGCCCACAGUCACUUGGUAAAACGCUCGUGGCCCAAAAAUGGAAGAUAUCGUCUGCAUGUUGCGCCAGUUUGCAUUAACUUGAAUAUGAUUGUGUGCAUGUUGAAACCAU